UUGAGCUUGACCUAACCCUCUGCUACCGUUGUCUGUCCGCUGUCGUUGCUGCUGUUUGUGAGGAAACGUGGCCCGGCGAUUUAGCGCUCCGUAGAAAAUGAAAAUAGUUGGAGUAUUGUUUGUAAUGCUGACCGGAGCACUAGUAUGUGUCAGUGAUGGUGCUACAACGACGGCAUCGUACUUGUCGGUUGCCGAUAGAAUGCGAUUAAAACAAGUGUUGAGUGUUGCUUGGAAUCUUCAGGACAUACCUUCUGUUCAUUAUGCCGUCCUAGGUUAUAAACUUCUUGGAGAAGCAGUCCCAAAACAACAAGAAGUAUGUAAAUUCCUCCUUGAAAGUAUUGGAAGUGGUACUGGUACACCAGAAUUGCUGUAUUAUGUGACCAGUGCUUGGAAGUCUGUGGCAGUGUGUGGAUCCCUACCUGUUUCCAACAUUGUUAAGAGUCUUGGAGAUGUGUUGGAGCGGGAGACAUCAACAGUGCCUGACCUAUUUUAUGCUGUUCAAGCUCUCACUAAUGUGGGGCAGAAGAAAGGUGAAGCUGCCAAGCUGAUAAAAACUUUGCAGGCAGCUCUGAAAAAGGAUGACAGUUUGCUCAACCUUGGAUAUUCAUUUCACAUUGCUGCUCAGUUGGGCACAGAUGGAACCUUUGCAUUUGACCGCAUUGAGGAUGCUAUAGUACAAGCGGAUGAAGUAGACAGCCGCUUCUUGCAGUUUGAAGGAGGACUUAGUAUCACAGCAUUGUUAGUGAGUGGAGCAUACAAAUUGGCUGACACAGUGAAGAAACCUCCACCAAUCACUGGUGACCAGGCAGUCAAGUUUGCCAAUUACUUUCUGAGCCGCCGUUCUGUUCAAACAGCGAAAGGAGCUUACAGCCUAUUGGAAGUUGUGCAUACACUCACAAACAAUAAGUUCCACCUACCAGUGGCAAUCACACUUGCCAGCCCAGCAGCUGUAUCACUGGAACAACCCCGUGUGUCAGUGCGUGUCAGUGACCUCUUGGGUCAGCCCCUCAGUGCUGAUCCUCUGACUGUGACUGCAGAGAGUGCCACAAGAGUAGGAGAUGAGGUUGUAGUGCUUUCCAAGAAGAAGUUUGAAUCCACUUCUGGUGACAGGACUGUGUAUUCUGUGAACCUUAUGGAGACAAAACCAGAACGCGGAUUAUAUAAGCUUUCUGUGAGUGCUGCAUUGGCCAAACCAGAUCCAAGACUUGUUGGUAAUGUGGGCGCUUCUCUUACUGUGAAAGUUAUGUGUGCUGUUGGUGUGGAGAAUGUGGAGGUUGGAACAGUUGAUGCUGAUCAGACUACACAAGCUAAACUAGCCAAGGUUUCAUAUCCAGAUAAGCUUACAACUCCAGUGGAAGCAGAUUCCCUUCAGAAGUUGAUCAUGAAAUUUGCCCUUAAGGACAAGAGCACAGGGAAAGUGAUGACAGUUCACCAAGCAUUUGUGAAACUUCACAAUCUUGUUACCAAUCAGGAGAUCAUCUUUGUUGCUGAACCUGACUCUGCAAAGAUAUACAAAUUUGACAUUGAUGUUGGAAGCAAAGCAUCUGAAUUUGGUUAUUUGUCUGGAUUGUAUUCCAUGGAGCUCAUUGUGGGUGAUGCUGUACUAUCCAAUUCCUUUUCUUGGAUAGUUGCAGAUGUAGUUCUCAAAUUUUCUGACAGUGUUCCUGUACCAAGCUCAUCAAAGGACCAGUACCUGUAUGCACCAAAACCAGAGAUAAAGCACUUAUUCCGGGAACCUGAACGCCGUCCUCCAGCUCUUGUGUCAAAUUUGUUCACAGGUCUUGUCCUUGUGCCCUUUCUCAUGCUGUUUGUUUUGUGGGCCAAACUGGGAGUUAACAUAUCCAAUUUUCCGCUUUCUCUCAGUGCUCUAGGCUUUCAUCUGGGACUUGGAGGUAUCUUUCUCCUCUUUGGAGUAUUCUGGCUACAGUUGAACAUGUUCCAGACAAUCAAGUACUUAUUAGGAAUUGGAGUUGUAACCUUUCUUUGUGGCAACAAACUUCUUGCAAAGAUUGCCAGUGAUCGCAAGCAAAACUAGUCAUUUGUUUCAUGAUUUAAUUUGGUGUGAAGGUGAGGCACUUAAAAAAGAAUUAUGGUAUGUGAAAGUUGGCAGCAUUGGUUCGUUUGCAUCAGUAAAGAGCUUCCUCGAGUUCAUUUAUGAGUUUAAGAUAUAAUAAAUUUGUGAAGGUAAUCCUAACAUCAAAGUGCACUCGUCAGAAAGCAAUCACAUGUAAAACAUUUUGAAUUGUUGAUCAUCCAAUUUGUGAUGGCAUUCUGCUUUGUAAGUAAAAGAUUGGGGAUAACUGUGUAUGCCAUGAAAUGGAAUGUGUUGCUUUGUGCUGAAGAUAAACAAUAAAAGAAUACAUAGA